AUCGAUCUGCAGAUCCUGGGGAUCGGCCGCAGCGGUCACAUCGGCUUCAACGAGCCGGGUUCGGGGCGGCGGUCGCGCACACGGCGCCUGUACCUGGACAUGGUCACCCGGGUCGACGCGGCCUCCGACUUCUUCGGCGAGGAGAACGUGCCGCCGCAGGCGAUCACGAUGGGCGUGGCGACGAUCCUGGAAGCGCGCGAGGUCGUGCUGCUGGCGAUGGGUGAACACAAGGCCGAUGUCGUGCGGCGCGCCGUCGAGGGAGAGGUUCACGCCGAUGUCGCCGCCACCUUCCUGCAGCAGCACCCCGCGGCGACCGUCUACCUCGAUCCGGCGGCCGCCGCAGGGCUGACGCGGAUCCGCACUCCGUGGCUGGUCAGCGACAUGGAGUGGACUCCGCACUGGGAGACCGAGGCUGUCAUCUGGCUCAGCCGGCGUACAGGAAAGCCGAUCCUGCACCUCGCCACCGACGACUACCGGGAGCACCACCUCGGAUCUCUGGUGUCCCGGCACGGAUCGGCGGAGCCGCUCAACGGGCAGGUGUUCAACGCGCUCAUCUCCAAGAUCCGCGGCAAGAGCCGACUGCCGCGUGGCCAGGAAGUGCUCGUUUUCUCACCUCACCCCGACGACGACGUGAUCUCGAUGGGCGGGCUGCUGCGCAAGCUCAGCGAGAACGGCAACCGUGUGACGGUGGCGUAUCUGACAUCCGGGAACAUCGCCGUCUUCGACCACGAAAUCCGCCGCUACCUCGACUUCAUGGCGCGCGCGGCAAGCGUGAUCGAACUCGAGGACCGCAGCACCCUCGAAGCCAUCCUGCAGUCGAUCGAGGAGGAACUUGCGGGCAAGGGGCUGGGUGACGUGGACCCCGUUGUGGUGCAGCACUUGAAGCGCAUCAUCCGCGAGAGCGAGGCGUCCGCCGGCAUCCAGGCUCUGGGGUUGUCCGCCGACCGCGCGCGCUUCCUGAACCUGCCCUUCUACCAGACGGGGAAGGUCAGGAAGAAGCCGAUCACCGAGGCCGAUGUGGACAUCGUCACCGGACUGCUCGAGGAGCUGCGCCCUUCGAUGGUCUUCGCGGCGGGCGACCUCUCCGACCCUCACGGCACCCACCGGAUGUGCCUCGAAGCCGUGGAGCGGGCUCUGGAACGUUACAGCGGGGACGCCCCCUGGUUGUGGCUCUACCGCGGGGCGUGGCAGGAGUGGAGCCUGAACGAGGCGACCGUGCUGGUGCCCCUCUCGGAGGGCGAGCUGCGACGGAAGGUCCAGGCGAUCUUCAGGCACGAGUCGCAGAAGGACUCCGCACCUUUCCCCGGGCCGGAUGACCGCGAGUUCUGGCAGCGCGUGGUGGACCGCAACCGGGGAACCGCGGACCUGCUGCACUCCCUGGGGCUGCCCGCCUACCGUGCCAUGGAGGCGUAUGUACUCUGCGCAACCGGUACCGGGUCGAGGCCCGCGAGAUUCACACCGCGGAGCUGGUGGAAGCCCCCGACUGAGUGCGCGAACCCGGGCGACAGCUGCUCCGAGCCGACCGUGGGUCGCGGGGAGGCUCCCAGCCAGCGGAGAAACCCGAAACGCGUGUUGACUCCGGAAGCUCCGGGGGUUAGCAUUGUACGCUCUUGA